GGAACCCGAACUUCUAAAAGAGGGCGGAUUUGGUUCCAUAUCUUUAUUAGUACCUAUAGACUUAAAAUUUUAACCGUCUUAGUAAAGUAAUUGUAUAGGCUCCUGCACGGCAAGUGCUUCUGGAACUUUUGAGUGUAAGGGACCAGCUGAUAUUAUCCAUUAAUUAAAACAGGGACUGGGUGGUGCCCAUUUAUUAAGUCUUCCUAUGCCUUAAGAAAAUUUAAUGAUGCCAUAUUGAUAUUUCAUUACUAUAGUUUAUGUUUAUUUCUCUACUUCUAGAUGGAAUAGUUUCUUAUUGAGGAUUAUAUCCAUUCUGUACAACACAAAAAUGUCUAGCAGCAAACGACCGGCUGAGGAGCCAGCCAGUUCAGCUUCUGGGGCUCCAGCUAACAAAAAAAUGGCAAUUCCUUAUGAUAGUCUGCAGUUGGGGAAAAUUUAUUCUCUUGUCAGCUCUUCACUGGUAAGUUAUCCAAAUUAAUUUUUUUCCAUCACUUAAAUUUUCAUGCUGAGGGUACAGCUAUAGGUUACUUUUUUGUAUAUUUCAUCUGUAGGGUAGGCAUUAAAAUAUCAUCAUACUUAUAGUUAACUCUUUCACAUAAUACUAAAGAUUUCUUUAAACAGUCAUUGGCAUGUUGGCACAAUUUGUAUUUAUUUUUCCAAUGUUUAGACUUAAAUCUUGCCUCUGAAUAUAAAUACCCAAUCAGUAAACGGAAUAAUCAAACUGCCAAUUAUUAUUUUUGAGUAUAUAAUAAAGCAAUCAAUAUCAGUUAAUUAGAUUUUCAUUUACUUCUUGUAGUAUUUUUGUAGGGCUUUUUGAAUAUUGCCUUCUCUGCCAAUAAUGACUAUUUUAGCUAUUAUUUUUCAGUUAAAGUAUGCUAUAAUUGAUACAACUCGCUAAAAUAUGGUUAACUGUAUCAUUUGCAACUGGGAAUCAAAGACGUACAACAUCUUCAACAUUAAAUAGUUCUCAGAGAGCAUUAAAUUUUUCUGAGCUGUAGCACUUUAAAGGUCAUGUUUGUUAUUUGUAUUAAUAAUAAAAAUUGUUAGAGACUUUGAAAUCAUUUUCAGCUGAAUUUUGAAAGUAGUUGAUCAUUACAGCCCCUCAGCAUUUUCAAAAUUAAAUAAGAGGCUAGUCUGCACAGCAGUUUGGAUUCAUUAAAAAAAUGUGAUUUCUUUAUAAUUUGUUAUGUAGGAAGAGCUAGAUAUGAAAGUGCUAGUCUUUCAAAACAAGAAACUAGCAGAGCGAAUAGAGCAACGUAAAAAAGCAGAGACAGAGCUGAGAAAGCGUAUCGAACAGCUUGAAAAUCGCCAACGGACAGACGAUGCUGUACUUAUGAUAGUCAACAGAUAUUGGAAUCAGGUAACAAAGUGAAGAGCAAACUUAAUGAAAUUAAUUGUAGUAAAGUUAUAUUAACUCCCUAAUUACCAUUGUUCCUGUUAAGAUCUUACUUCAGUUUUCCUUUUUUAUGCUUCAAACUUUACGGCAAUUGUUUAUAUUUCUGGCACCGUUUUCUUUUAUUUCAUGACACUCGCAUAGCCAUGCUUGGUUCAUAUGUAAGAUCAAUAACCAACGUUGAAUUGAAGUAAUGAUGAUUCUUUAUUAUUUGUAGCAACUGACAGUUUACAGAAACGUUGUUCACUAAAAAAUCUUCACGACGCUACCUCUUGUCAUGUCACUUUCAUCUCUACUGCCUAACUUGUUUGCACCUUCAAAGACAACAAUCACUUCGCAUACUCACAAAACUGAACUCCAUGAACGAACCCCAAUCACAACUUGCUCAAAAAAAACCUCUCACCAACUCACAAUCAACAACUUCCACUUCCAUAACCAAAAAUUCAUGCUCACAAAUCCAGUUCAUAACAGUUCCAUAGUUACAAUUGUAUAAAUUACAUUGGUUUCCUUGAAUUCAACUUUUAACAAUUAGGUAACUUGGCUCUUAAGCUUUUUUAAAAAAUUUUUACUGCUAGUGUAUACAAAGCACUGCAAUUAUCUGCCAACUUUGCUAAUCAGUGCAACCCUAGCCAGCUGCUAUUUAAUUCAGUCAAAAGGCAAUAAAAGUAUAGUUGUAUUGCAAUGGCUAUUGUUUUAUAAGUUAAUUAUUCAUUUUAAUGAAAUCUGUUCUUAUCUCCACAGCUGGAUGAAGAUGUUCGUGUUCUGCUUCAAAGAUUUGAUGCAGAGACUUCAGAUGAGACAGAGACCAAGAGUAAGUAAUCACUUUCUGCAUUGGAUCUUUGUUUAAUUUUAAAGAAUAUAUGGUACCUAAAGGUUUUGAUAAUAAACACUUUUUAAUAUCUUAUUGUAUUAAAAAAACAUUAAAAUAUCUUCUUUAUUUUCCGUCAAUUUAAUUAAUUUUAAAUUAUUAUUUGCAUGUCUUUCCUGUCAACCAAUUUAUUAUAUUACCAUUCUGCAUAACAGUCAAAGAAGUUUUCUUCGUUUUCAUAAUAAAUGGGAAUGUUCCCAAAAACUUUUAAAACAUUCAUAUUCUGAUGCUGAGUCAAAAUAAAGUUACUGUUUACAUUGUGUUAAGGAUAUUACAUUUUUUUAUAAGGAAUGUAUGUUAAGAGAUUUACUCAAAUAUAUUGUUGUAUUUUCCCUCAACUUGUACAUAUAUUUUAUUAAUUAGAUGAAAGUAGUGAGCUGACGUCGUUCUUAACUCUACUGUCUACUUGGGACAAGCAAGAGUUGGAGGAAAAACUGGGUCAACGAGUGGAGUUCUCAAAAAGAGCCAUUGGAAAACUGCUUCAGGCCUUUGACAGAAUGCUUCAAAGAAAUGAAAAAUUGCAUCAUGCAAUUGAUGAUAAAGUAAUUAUUCACUGGCCACUUAUCUGAUUAUAUAAUUUUCAUGGCAAAAGUUUAGGCGAAACAUGUGAAGGUGUCGGAGCUGGGAGCAUAAUAAAGAGAUUGAUUCAUAAUCAUACUUAACAUAUUUUUUAAAUGUUGCCUGAACACAAAAUGAUGUAGAGGACUUAGUCUUGAAACCAUUCACACUUGAUCAGCCAUUGAAUUGGCAAGAUUUCCUAUAAAAUCACAAGUUGAUGUUAUGCUGGAUUAGAUUUGGAUGACUUAAAUUAAUAUUGCAGUCUGAAAAUGAUAUAUAUCCACAAAGCUAAUAUCUUAGUCUUGAUUUUGACAUCCAUUGAAAAAAAAUUAAAAGCUAAAUAGAAAUAUAAAACAUAGUCUACAUAUAAAAUGAAAGUGUUAAAUUAAUUUCACUGGCAAAAGGAUUGAAAAGAGAUUGUCAAAAUUUUCCCUUUUCCGAUAAAAUACUAACUUUUAUCAAACUAACUCACUUUUAAAUUAUUGAAUAAAGAUGCAUGUUAACUCUUAAUGUGUGGUUUCCUUUUACAAAGAUGUUUUAUAUCAUUUCAUACAUGUAUAAAAUUUAAGAUUCAAUUAUAAACAGAACAAAAUAAAGGCUUUAUUUCACAAAGUUAAUAAUAGGCACUCUGCCCUAACAUACCUGGUUUGAAAGCCCAUAUGUAGACACACAGUAGAUAAAGAGUUAAAGAAAUUAAACAGUCUUUGAGUAUCAUUGUUUUGCUUGUUUUAAUUUUUAUUCCUCCGACCUAUUUCAGUAUUUAAGAACAUAAUUUCAUCAUUUAAUAUUUAAUAUUUUGGGAUUCCAUUUUCAAUGACACAUAUUUUCAUGUCUUUAUAAAAAAAUAAAUAAAUAAACUUUUAUGUUUAGGUUGAACAGAAAGAGAAGGAUUCUUUACUUGAAGAUUCACAUAAAAUGGAAGAAGACAAAGAUGAUAAAGAAGAAAAGAAAGAUGAAGGUAAUGAAGAUGAAGAAGAAAGAGAAAAAAAGAAGGAAGGUAAAUUCUGGAUGAUUUUUUAAAACCUAAAAUCUGUAGCGUACCGCCAUUUGUCAUAGUUUUCAUUGGGGUACUGUUGAUUUCUGUUUCACCCUGACCGGUUUUGGGAGCUGUUUUUUUUUUCUCUCUUAAAAUUUGGUGUUUUUAAAUUUUUUUUUUAGAACCCUUCUAAUUUCAAGACUGCAAUUUGAUGUAUUUUAGAGUCUGUGUAUUUGCUUGUUUAUUUUAUAGCUUAGUGCUAGAUUUUUAAAGGGUUUUUGUUUUGCACUUUUAUCAACUCGGUAACACUCACUGUUUCACAUUAAUAGAUGUGUUUUAUUCACAGUUCAAUGUGAAUAUUAGCAGUUUAAAUUAGAUUUUAAAAAAUAAAUUUCUUUUACUUUCAUCUGUAAUUUUCACUUCAGCUUCUGUCACAUUGAAAUAAAGCGGUCUUCAUGGCCCACUUCAUUUCUUGAACAAUUGCAUAAUAAAAAAACCCACAAAGUAAUAUUUUAUUGUUGCUAUUAUUAUCAAUAUCACUAUGGCAUUUUUUUUAAAGGAUCAAAUAUUUUUAAUAAAAGCAGUCUGUUUAAUAGAAUUUUUUUGUGGAUUGAAAGAAACCCUAUUUGUUUGAAUAUCAUUAUCAGUUUUCUCACAUGUUUGUUACAUGGUGUCACAUGUGCCAUAGAUGUUAGUAGCUUUAUAAAGUAAUACCAUAUCAAGAAAAUUCAACCUUUCAUAAAUAACAUUUCAUGUUUAGAUAAAAUAGUAAUGUUUUUUUUUUUUAAAGUUAAAGAGUAAAGGGUUACAUGCUGUAAUAUUUUUCAAAGCAGAAUGAAAGUUUAAAUUGGGGAAUCGUUUAAGUAGCACUUUUAAUAAUCAAAAUGAUUUGAUCUAUGAGCAAUGUGUGAUUGUGUGUAGGAAAGAGGUUAAUUAAGCCAUCAAAAGUGUUACUUGUUGUAUCUAUUUUUCUAUGCACAUUGUUGCACAUCUUGUAUUUAAUCACAAGACCACCACACUGGAAUCGGAGUAAUAUUUAGAUGACUAAAAUGUGCCCUUUUCUAUUUUUACUAUAGUAGUUUUUGUUGGUGGCCCAACCAAGUGCUAGUUGGAUGUAGAUGAGCUCUCUAUAUGUCCUGCUUUUGUGUCUGUUGGAAAACCUGCUGUGCUAGAGCGUAAAUUUAAUUUAACCUGGUGCAUCCAGGUUUUCCCAAGGUGCCCUUAUGUCAAAUUCUAACAAGUGAACUUCACAGUGCCUCUAUGAGUAAGCCAAGGCACUGUGGCACACAGUUUGAGAACCUCUGGCAAACAAGAUAACUUUAAUGAUAAUAUUUGGAAAAUGAGAAGUGUCAAUUGUAAAAAAAAACAGAACAAAAGUAAACAAAAACAUGGGAACAUUUUUUUCUCUUUCAGAAUGACUUACAGUCAUAUUAAUUAUAUUAAAAACUAAUGUCUUGGUCAUCUAUAGAUUUAGAUUUAUUAUGUUAAACUAUCAAGUAGAGGGUAGCAACAUCCAGAUCUUAAUUAUUUCAUAUAUUUAAGCAAUCUUUUUUUUUUCCAUCACCUCUGCUUUUGGUAUUGAUGUUACCUUAUUUGUUGUAAUACUUAGUGUUUUAACUUAAGUUAUAUUCAAAUCAAUUAAACAUCCUAAAUUUAUUUUAACUAAAAAUCAAUAAGUUUCAAGAUAUCUCUCAGCUUUUUUUGUUUCUUUUUUUACCCAAAAAUAUAAUACAUCUUAUUACACAUAGGCUUGAAAUGAGAUAAAAGUUGAAAAGUUGUUUGCAUAAUAUAUUAAUAUUAAGUUGAAAUAUUUAGUCUAAAGACAUAAACGUUGAUUAAAUAUUCUUCUAGAUAACCAUUAAAAAUAUUUGUAUGCAGUUAUUUCAUAUCGAAUUAAUUGUUUUUUUAAGGCGAGGAGAGUGAGGACAAAUCUGCAAAGCCCGAUGAGGAAGCUUCAGAGACCAAGAAAGAGGAAGAAAAAGAGGAAAAGCAGCCUGAGCCGAGCCUGUCUGAAGUUGUCAAGGGAGAACUCUCUGACCUGAGGAAAGAGACGAAACAGCUCCAUAAUCUUGUGACCCAGCUCCAUCAACGUCAUCAUGAGCAUACUCUAAGUGUGAGAUUUUACCGUUAUCAAUAAUCGUGUGUGUCAACGGUGCCUUUAAAAGUUUUAACAUUUGCAACAGUAUUUAAAAACCUCUAAAAUCUAAAUUCAUAGUUCUUUUAUCGUUCCAUCCAUCCAUGUGGAGCUACAACCCAUGUGGGGCUUUGGCUUGCCUCACCAUAUCCUUCCACUUGACCGACCUAACUGAUGUUUUUCUUUUCCGUGUUUAGAUUUCCAGCUGCUGUAGACCCCUCUCCACAUCAUCCAUCCAGCUAAGCCUGAGUCUGUCUUUGAGCCGUUUUCCACUAGGGUUUUUGUGGUGCACCUUCUUUACUCCUCUGUCAUUUGGCAUUCUUUCUAAGUGUCCAGCACAGCGAAGCCUGCCAUUUUUUUAAAUUUCUGCUACAAGUGUGGGAUCUUGAUAUAUUUACUAUACAAUUCCUGGUUGGUUUGUAUUCUCCAUCCAUAUGCAUCCUUUCUUGGUCUAUAUAUUUUCCUGACAAAUUUUCUCUCCCAUUGUUUAAUAGAUUUUUUGUUGGGUCCAAGUUUCGCUUGCAUAUGUUACAAAUGGUCUGAUUACAGUUUUAUAUAAAGUUUUCUUUAUUUUUCUUUUUUUUUUUUUAUACUUUUGAGUAGUUUCUGACUACUAAAGUAUUUCCUUUAGCUCAGUUUUUUCCAAUUUCCUUUUUUUUUUCCCUACAAAUUUUCUUGGCUUUCCUUCUGGCUUCUUUGUAGAUUUGUCUCAUAUUUCUGGUUUCCUUUUGGUUUCCCUUUGUAUUAUGGUCAUUCGUGUCUUGUUCCUUUCUUUGACAGUCUCUCUACAUUCACUAUUGUAACACGACUACUCUGACAUGGCGUGGGAGCUUAUUUCUUAUGCUGUGGGUUAUGUCAGUAGUAUGGUUACCUAUGUUAUGUUGAUAUUUCAGGAUGCCGACUAAGGCUUCUUCAUUCUUCCACUUAUAAUCCGGGCACGCAAAUAAGAAUAUUGAAUCCUGGUUAAACUUACAGUACUUUAUUGAACACACUUUAUAUUGAUAAUAUUAAUAAAUAAUCCUUGCAUGAAUGUAAUUUCACAUAUAUAUCUAUAGUAUUCCAUCAUUAUGAAAGACACGUAUCUAAUCACACAGCUCUCACGCUACUGUUCUCUACUGCUCUGCGCUCAGCUCUCACUAUCUCAGUCAACUCAUACUUCAUUACCAGCAAAGCGUGGAAAACAACCGCUCUGACAAAAACAUAAUUUUACUCUCCAAAAACGUGGAGUUCACAUUUGCAUCUCAAAAUACAAUCCAUUGAUUGUCUCUCCCCGUGGAAAAAACAUGGUCAACACAAUUCACUGUUUACUCAUGCUACCUCUCUGUUUUCAUGUGAAAACAUGGUCCGUUACAUGCCCCACCCAUCUGAAAAAAUUUUGUGCAACAAAAUUUUUGGCAAAAAAUUAUAUGCUGAGAUAAUGAUAAUGUCUCUUAGAAAUUUUUAAUCCCACAUCUAACAAUCAAAUCAGUGUCACAACAUUAACAUUUCAUCAUAAUGAAAUACAGGGCAUUUGACUGUUAAUAUCACACAUAAUAGUGAAUAAUUUACCCUGGCAAAAAAUUACAAAAUCACCAAUGACAACCUCUUAAAAUCUUUAUGUAUGAUAAUGUGAAGUGACAUUAACAUCUUAAUGAAUAAUAAACACUGCAAAAUGAAUGUAACAACCUUAAAUUUUGCAUUAGAAGAUUUACAAUUGGUUAAAAUCUGAUAUUCAUUUACAAAAUUGAUAUGUACAAGUGUCUUAUCAAAAAACUGAGUGAACGUAUGUGUGUAUAUUCAUUUAGAAUGUCUGACUAAUGUGUCUUAAGUCAGUGUCUUUGUCAUUGUCUGCAUGUUCAAUGUGUCUGGAAAGGAAAUCAGCUACUGUAUUGUCUUUUCCUUUUAUUGUCCUUAUCUCAUACUGAUAAUCUAAUAGUAUCAACGACCAUCUGUUUAUUUUACUGUUUGCUAUUUUCUUUCUAUUCAGUGCCAUUAAUGGCUUGUGAUCAGUCAAUAAUGUAAAUUUUCUGCCUAAUAGAUAUUUCUGUAGUUUGGUAAGUGCCCACACAAUUGCUAAGCAUUCUUUUUCAAUGGUUGAGUAGUUAAUUUCAGUUCUGCUUAGUGCUCUACUUAAAUAGGUAAUUGGUCUUAAUUUAUGAUUGUAUUCUUGCAUAAGGCAAGCUCCUAAUCCAAUGUUGGAGGCGUCUGUAACUAGAGUGAAAGACUGUUUAAAAUUGGGUGAUAACAAUAUGUUGUCACUUUGGAAAAUUUCUUUGAUUGUUCUCAGUGUAUUUUCGCAUUCAUCCGUCCAUACUAUUUGUUUCUUGCUAUCUUUAUUUAUUAGUUUCCUUAAGGGUAGUGUAACAUCAGAAAAUUUUGGAACAAAAGUGCUGUAAAAAUUGCACAAACCUAAAAUGGCUUUUACUUCUUUCUGAGUGUGUGGUGUUUUUAUAUUUAGUAUUUUUCCUCUGUUGUGUUCUGUGGGCUGAAUUGUGUUCUUACCGACUUUAAAUCCUAAAAAUUCAAUGUCCUCUUGUGCAAACUUUAAUUUGUUUGGUGCUAUUGUAACUCCAUGUGCUCUUAAUUUGUUUAGUACUGUUUUUAUAGUCUCUAUAUGUGUCUUCAUAUCCUUAGUGUGAAUGCAGAUAUCAUCGACAAAAUGUACUACAUUUGGUAUGCCUUCUAACAUGAUUCGCAUGAAUCGAGAAAAUGUUGCGGUGGAAUUAACUAGACCAAAUGGCAUUACUGUCCAUUCGAACAAGCCUUCCUCUGUGGCAAAUGCAGUCAAAGGCAUGGAAUCCGGAUGCAUGCCUAUUUGCCAGAAUCCUCUGUUUAAAUCUAAGUGGGUGAAUAAUGUGGAGGAGCCUAUUUCUUCCAGUAGUUCUCUGGUGUCCCUCAUGGGUUCUGCAUCUAAUUGUGUGAUUUUAUUUAACUCCCUAUAGUCACAACAUAUACGGCACUGGCCAUUUUUCUUUUUUACUACUACCAUGGGUGAUGCUAUUGGUGAAUCUGAUCUUUUAAUCUUGUUAGUCUGUAUUAAAUGAUUUAGUUCUUUCUUUACUUCUUCCCUAAAUGCAUAUGGAAUUGGAUAGAUUUUGUGUUUGAAUGUGGGUUCCUGUGUUAAUAUUAUCUUGUGUUCUAAACUGCUAGUGUGUCCUAUGUUCUCUGUGAUGACAUCUUUGUAUUCUUUUAGAAUUGUUGUUAAGUGUCUGUUUGUUGUGGUGUUAUUUUCAUUGUCUUCUAAUUGUAUAACACUAGCAACGGUGGCUGUGCUACUUAUUUCAUUACUGAUGGUUUCUAACUCUUCAGGAACAGAGUCAUAUUUUCUGAGCAAGUCCACAUGUAGGACUUUCAAUUCACCCUUCAUGUGAAUUACAUAAUCAACUAAAUUUAACUUGUCAUGAAUUGUAAACGGACCCUGCCAAAUCUUUUGUCCAUUAUUGUUUGGCAACCAUACCAAAACUUUAUCAUGUACUUUAAGAUCUCUGAGGUAUCUAUGUGUAUUCUUUAUAUGUCUUUGUCUUUUAGACUCCCUAUCAGUGUUUUCUUUAGCAUUUUCUAUGCCAUAUGUAAUCCUCUCUCUAAUUUUUGUAAUUAUGUCAAAUGUGUCUUGUUGUGUGCCUUUCUGGCCUAAAAUAUUUUCUUUAAAAAGAGUUAACGGUCCCUUUGGAUUGGCCCCAAACAUUAGCUCAAAUGGAGAGUACCCAGUGGUGUCUUGUAUACUCUCUCUAUAGGCGAAUAAAACCAUGGGUAUAUAUAGGUGCCAUUCUCUAGGGUGGUCUAUUGUUGUUUUAUUUAACAUUGUUUUUAGUGUUUUGUUCCAUCGUUCUACCAUACCAUUAGCCUGUGGUCUAUAUAUUGUGGAAUGUACUUGUAUUAUACCUAGCAUUUUUGUAACUGCAUUGGUUAAGUUGGAAGUAAACUGUGUUCCAUUAUCUGACAAUAUUUUAUCAGGGAAUCCAUGUCUUGUAAAUACAUCUAAUAAUGCCAUGCAAAUUGUUUCUGAAUUAAUGUUUUUGAGGGGAAUUGCCUCUGGCCAUCUAGAUGCCAUAUCAAUCAUGGUUAAAAUAAAUUUGUGUCCCUUAUUUGAUGGUGGAUUAAGAGGACCAAUGAUAUCUAUAGCUACCUUCUCAAAGUUUCUACCUAUUUUGUCUGUGGGUUGUAUGGGUGCUCUGUGUUUACUGUGUAUUGGGUUUUUUGUCAGACAUGGUAUGCAUUUGUUUAUGUGUUUCUUUAUGUCCUUGUGUAUGCCUGGCCAAUAAAAAUUCUGUGUGACCCUUUCUAAUGUUUUUUUUAUACCCAUGUGUCCAGCCAAAGGACUGUCAUGUGCAUGGUUGAGUAUUUUGUUUCUGAGUAUUAAUGGUACUAUUAUUUGAGAUUUUUUGAUUUCACCUUUCUCAAAAUUUCUGAUUAGAAUAUUAUGUUUUAUUGUGUAAUUAUGUCCUCUAUAAAUUGUGUUAUUGUCCUUAAUUUUGUUUCUAAUGUCCUGAAUUUGCCUAUCUUCUGUCUGCAUUCUAAUUAUGUCCUCUCUAGAUAUUUGUUUUGGAAUGUCUAAUUUUUCUUCUAUUUCAGGCUGUGUCUGACUAGUUUUAUGUUGUUGUCUUGUUAUUGCACUUAUAUACUCUUUGGUUAAAUUUUUUGAUUCAAUCCAAUUUAAGAAUAGUUCUUGGGAAUUAUCUGGAAUUUCUUUAAUAUUUCCAAUUAUUAACUGACAUACUGGGUUGUCCAUAAGUACUGCCGUUACCUUUCCUGUCAACCAUGGACAGUCUAUGUCCACUACUGCUUUAUAACAUUCAACUUUUGUGUUAUUUGCUAACAUGACUGUGGUUUUUUCAGAUAUAUGGUCUUUAGGAUCAAUCAAUUUUUUGUCAACUACUAUUGUUGUACAACCUGUGUCUCUUAGACACUGAACAAGCUGGUUGUUUACAUAAGAAGGAAAAAAUUGUAAACUUCCUUCACUGUGACAUGCGCUAGCUAAAGUUUCAUGUGGUUUGGUGUUUUGUCUACUGUUAGUCUGAUUGGAAUUAUAUCUUUGAUUUUUAUAUGGUUGUCUACUCCUAUUUGCACUGUUGUAUCUAAUUGGACUACUGUUGGGUGAUGUUCUCUGAUAGUAUUGUUGUGAAUGUCCUAAAUCUCUAUGUAAUUUCCUACACUCAUAUUUUUUGUGACCUGGAAUGCCACAGUAGAAACAUUUGUUGUUGUUUGAAUAAUUAGUAUAUGGUGUCUGGUAAUUGGUUUGAUGACUUUUCUGAAAUUUAUUGUUUUGCCAUCUGGCAGGUAGGCUAUGGUAUCUUCUGUUUUGAUAUGUGUUUUGUUUUUGACUGUCCCUAUCACUGGGUGUGUUUCUAAUAGAAGCUAGUGUGCUGUUUCUAUUAUCUAGCUCUUCAUUGGGGUGAGCAUCUUUAAAUGUUGUGAUUGAGUCAACUAAAUCACGUUCAUUUUUAAUUUUUCUCUCUUUAAGGAAAGAAAAUAAAGAGACUGAUGCAUUUCUUAAUAUUUUGUCUAUAAUAAACAUAUCUAGUAAUGCCUUUGGAUCAUUUAGGUCAAUUUCAGUUAAUUCAAGCCAUUUGACAAGAUUGUCUCUAAUAUUGAAUAUGGUGGUGUUAGGGUCUACUUCUCUCUCUAGUCUUAUGUUAUGGAAAUUUUUUCUAUAAAUGUCUUCUGUGUUUCCAUAAAACUUUAACAAAACUUUCUUUAUAUAGGUAUAAUUAUUCUUUUGUUCUUCACUAAGUGAAUUGAUAAUGCUUAGGCUUUUCCCUGAUAAUCUGCUCAAUAAAAUAUUAGCCCAAGUCUCUUCUCUAUAAUUGUAAGACUGACAUAUGCCUUCAAAUUGUGACAGAUAACUAAUAAUUUCCUCUUUAUGUUCAUUAAAUUCUCUAAAUUUAGGUUUGUAUGUACUAUUGGUUUCUCUAUUGCUUGUUGAUGGUGUAUGCUGUCCUGAUUCUAUUCUAGCUCUUUCUAGUUUUAGCUCUUCUAUUUCCUUUUGUCCUUUUAAAUUUAGUUCAUCUAUCUCUUUUUGUCCUUUUAAUUUCAUUUCCUGUUCUUUUAAUUUCAUUUCCUGUUCUUUUAAUUUCAUUUCUUCUAUUUGUUUAAGUUCGCUUCUCUCUAACAGUCUAGCUUCUCGGUCUUUGUCUUUGUCUUGUCGGUCUUUGUCUUCUUUCUGUUUGUCCCUAAUUUUGUCCAUCUCCCGAGUUACGAAGUCGGCUACCUUAUCCUGCUUUAAGCCAAGCUUCUCGGCUACUUCUAAUAGUUCUAAGUACUCUGCCAUUUUUAUGUGUUUGAGUAACUAAAGUAAUAUAUUGGUAUGUAUAAGUAUGUUAGUUAUUUCUUGAUGAGUUAUCAAUUAAAAUAGUUCACAAUAUUUCAUAUAUCUACAUGUUAAUGAAUGUAUACACAAAUGCAAGUUGAUAAAUGAAUUAUAAGUUAUAAAUAAGUGUAAGAAAAAUUUAAAAUAAUUAAAUUGUCUACUUCACAACAUAAAUACAGAUAUGUAGACGUUUACAUGAAUACAAAUGAGACAACAAAUACAAAAGUACUGUUUAGUUUAUGGACCACAAGAUAGUAGAAAAUAUGACAGUAGGUUGACAAUAUGUAUAACAAUGACAAGACAAAUAGCACAAAUAUGACAAGAUCUACUAAAAAACAACAGUUAUGACAAUGUACAAACUAGACUUCACAGCUAACACAAAAUUAUCCUACAGUGUUAUAAAUAGGGCCAGAAGAAACCUUUACUGUUUUAAUAAAAAAACUUCCCUAGGAAAGAUAACACCGUGGAUAUUCCUAAAGUAUACUCUAAAAUUAAACUUAUAAUAUACAGAAAAAGUAAAAAAUUUACUUAAUCUAAUUAAGUAUUCUAUAAGUAGAUUUUUAAAGUGUUGAAUUAUAUAUAAUACAUAACACAUAAAUACAUAAAUACCAAUUGUCCAAAAGAAAUCUGUAGUUGGUCACCUCUGCUCCUCUGUGACGCUAUGGUCUGCGUAGUCGAUAAUCCUUCUAUGUAGAAGUGUACUUGGGUAAAUAUUCCAAUGCAAAAGUUAUAUAAUCCAAUGAAAAAGUUACAACACAAACUGCUUCUGUAAUCCAAUGCAAGUACCUUGCGUAAUAGAAGUAAUAGUGUAAUAAUCCAAUUGAAAAUAGUGUACUUUCUCUCCGAUUCAGUUGAACUUGCGAGUAAUUAAAGAAUUACUUUACUUGAAAUGCGCACUAGGCUUUGUGCGGCUUGUAUAAAGUGAAGAUUAUGCUGGGGAAAUCUUACUUUCGAUGUCUUGAUACACACAUCUCAUCUGUAAUAACGUCAGACUUCUACUUCUGUUGGUCUUGUAAUAUGUAGGCUUACAGUAAAUCUUUGCUACAGUUGUAAAUAACUUGAAAAUUUUCCUUAUGCUGCUAGUUGCCGUGUACCAGUUGGCUUUGAACUCUGAACUCUUGAGACUGUGACUGACCUCAAUUGUCGGCUAGCUCUGUGUGUAGUGAACUCGUCUCGGACUUGAUUGAUACACGGUCGUAAUGGCGUUCGCUGUAUUCUUCCGCUCGAAUUUUAAAAUAUAUCGUUGUUACUCAAUGUUCUGUAACACAUUUCUGACACUUCUUUACAAUAUUUGUAACGCAUCGUCGUUACACCGCUUCUGACACCAUUUGUAACACACCUACUCUGACAUGGCGUGGGAGCUUAUUUCUUAUGCUGUGGGUUAUGUCAGUAGUAUGGUUACUUAUGUUAUGUUGAUAUUUCAGGAUGCCGACUAAGGCUUCUUCAUUCUUCCACUUAUAAUCCGGGCACGCAAAUAAGAAUACUGAAUCCUGGUUAAACUUACAGUACUUUAUUGAACACACUUUAUAUUGAUAAUAUUAAUAAAUAAUCCUUGCAUGAAUGUAAUUUCACAUAUAUAUCUAUAGUAUUCCAUCAUUAAGAAAGACACGUCCUCACACUACUGUCAACUCAGCUCAACUGUCUAAUCACACAGCUCUCACGCUACUGUUCUCUACUGCUCUGCGCUCAGCUCUCACUAUCUCAGUCAACUCAUACUUCAUUACCAGCAAAGCGUGGAAAACAACCGCUCUGACAAAAACAUAAUUUUACUCUCCAAAAACGUGGAGUUCACAUUUGCAUCUCAAAAUACAAUCCAUUGAUUGUCUCUCCCCGUGGAAAAAACAUGGUCAACACAAUUCACUGUUUACUCAUGCUACCUCUCUGUUUUCAUGUGAAAACAUAGUCCGUUACAACUAUCAAACCAGCCUCCUCUACUGUUACAUUUCUGAAAUCCUACUACUUUUUCUGCUGAUUUUUUCGUAGUAUUUUUUUUAUCAAAUCCCACUGUUCAUUUAUGUUGUCUUCCCUGUUUAUUUUCUCCUGUGAUGCUUCUAGUUGUGCUGCUAUUUAAUUUUUGUAAGCUUUUGCGGUUAGUGGGUCUUUGAUAAGUUUUUGGUAAUAGUUAUGAUCUCUCUUCAGGUUUGACGUUCCUUCUUCAAACCUUAUUGUCGCGGUUUAUGUUCUUGGCGCCAUUGUCCUACUUUACUACAUACACACGUGAACCAUCCCUAGUUCAUGCAUAAGAGAAUAAACAACAUUCAAUUGAAGUAAUGGCAAUCCUUUAUUCUGUACAAUAAUAGGUGGUUGACAAAACUUUAUUCAUGACAACUUCCUCACGACCCUAACCUCCUGUUCUCAGACUACAUUUCAUCUUUCCCUUUUAACUACAUUGAACCUCUAUCGACAACGCUCACUCGGCACACUUUAAACUCAACACCAUGAACUAACCCCUCAAUGUAACCCUACUAUCUGACUUGGCACAUCUCGCCGCCGUCACAAAACCCUCUCACUAUCAACAACUUUUCACACCAAACAUUCACGCUCCUAAAUCUGGUUCGGCACAGUUAUCAUAUUGUUUUUCUCUUUGAUUUCGGCCAUUGUGAAUUUGUCCUAUUCUCUGCUUAUAUUCUCUGAAGCAAAGUCGAUGAGUUGGAUAACAUUGUCAUUGGAUUCUACAUGUAAACUCUUCUUUCUAAUGGUUGGUUUAACACCUUUGAUUUCUUUGAUUUUGGCCAUUGUGAAUUUGUCCUAUUCUCUGCUUAUAUUCUCUGAAGCAAAGUCUAUGAGUUGGAUCACAUUGUCAUUGGAUUCUACAUGUAAACUCUCCUUUCUAAUGGUUGGUUUAACACCUUUUUCCCCUAUUAAUAUCUUGUCAUGGUGCCUCAUAGAUUUUUUCCAGUCUCAUUUUAUCUGACCUUUUGUAUCUUUGGUCGGAACAUGAAAAUUUAUAAAUGCUAUAUUAAACAUUCUCCCUUGCACUUGCAAAGUGAACCUAUAACUGCACAGAGGGCUUCUUUCUUCACAGCAAAUCCUGUUCUAGAGUAUUAGUGUUGAAGUCUUUUUAUUUUGCCAUCAAAUUUCUUGCAAUGAAGAAAUAGAGAUGUAAUAUUUAAUUAGCUGAUUUAUUAGGUUGAAUAAGGCUCCUGCUCUUAGUAUGUUCAAAGUUGCAAUCCAUAAAUCAUGUCCAUAUCCAGGCAUUGGUAGAUUUCCAUUAAAUUAGAAAUCAAUGCGGGUUUUAUUUUGUUGCCUGGCUUUCGUAACCUUUUUUUUUUUAUACAUGGAUGGGUUGUUGGCCCUGCGCACAACCAUCUGGGGGGAGCUGCCCCUUACAGCUCUAAAGGUAACUGCCUUAAUGUUUGGGUAAUCUUCGUUAGCCUUUGUGGAUCCCUCCACUUCUUACAAGGCAGUAGGUUCGCCCCAGAUAUUUUAUUUCCCCAGUAACCACCAUAUCUGGUGGGCAUUCCCCUCUGUAAGCUGGAGACAUCAACUAAGAGUUGCAUAUAUUUCACAUAUGUACUUAUGUAAGACACCUAUUGAAAAAUAAUUCACAUCUAUGAAAUGAAAUGAAACUUGGGCUUGGAUAAAUGUACCCUGUCCUGAACAAGUUUCACUUAUUUCCUCACAUAAUUCCAAACAGUUGGUUUCUGAACUAUAUAUUAGAAUAUGGGGGUGAUGUGUUUAAAAUAAAAUAUUAAUAAAAGACAUAAACUAUCUGUGUGUAAAGGCAGCAAGAAGCUUUAUUAAAGUAUGGCUUACUAAAAUAGGGGAUCAGCCUUUUUGCUUACUCUUAAGAAAGUUGAUGUCUUUAAGCUACAGGAGCUUCAUCACAACCCCCAGUGCAACCACGUAGACAUAUAAGUUUAAACCUAUUUAUCAACUUUGCUAGAUUUCUGAACUUCAAGACAAACUCACUGCAUCUGAGACUGAAAUAGCAGAGCUAAAAAACAAGCUCGAUGACCUUGACUACAUGUAUGAGAAGUCUGAAUACAAGACUGACAGUUUGGAGAGGAGGCUUGCAGAGGUCACUGAGAAACUUCAAUUCUACCAAGAGACAACUGGGAACAUGCCCUUGUCUGGUCUCAAAAACUUACCAGGUGUGCCAACAGGCAGGGUGAGUAAGCGUUCUGUUAUAUUUCUGGUAGUAAGAAAUAGUGUUGGCCACUUGUUUGACAUCUCCCAUUGAAUAUUAAAAAAAAAAAAAUUUUUUUAAGGACUCAGUGCUUUAGUUAUAGAUCUAAAUUAAAUAAAUCAUACCACUGGCAGUUAUAAAGACAAAAUGUAGUCGGAUUGGGUAAAAAAAACAAACUAUAUUAAUCUUUACCUCAAAAAUUUGCACUACAAAGUUUUUAAACAAAAGAUUUUUUAAAAAAUGCAUUAAGUUGAAAUAAAAGUCUUUCACAAAAGUUGAUAACUUUUAAAUAUUUAUAUCCUGUAACUGAUAUUUUGAAACUGACCCACUUAUUUUCAAAAAUGAAUUGAUGUUUUACUUUAAAAGUUUUAAAAAUAUUAUUUAAGUUGGAUGAAAUUUUAUCUGAACUGGAGGAACAUAAAGAGUUAUCAACAAACAGACUAAUGGAGUUGGAGAAAUUGAGUGCAGAUUACCAAGAAACUCUCACAGAGGUGGAAAAAUUAAAGAUGGAUGUGAGUUGCAGUAUUUAUGUAUUUUUUAGUUAACACAAUAUCUUUCAAGUCAGCCAGGCUAAAUUUACCUUUUAUCUUGUGUAUAGCCAUAACACCUGUGGGGUUUAAAAAAAAAAAAAUUUAAUUCUGGGUGUUAAUUGAAAAAUAUUUAUGCCAAACAUGAAAUAUUCAUUUAUUGGCUUGGUGGUGAGACAUUUAUUUUUUCUCCGUUAAUCAAAUCUAACUAUACUGACUAAUUUGUUCACAGCUUCAACACUUGCCAGAGAAUGUCAUAUUAGAGACCACUGAAUACAAGUGUCUACAGUCCCAGUUCUCUGUCUUGUACAAUGAGAGUAUGCAGAUCAGGACACAGCUAGAGGACAUCAGAAACCAGAUGACCAUCAACAAGAAUAACCAUGGGCGACAGAUUGAACAAAUGGAGGUAGCUCCCCAGAAAACACACAUGCAGUAGAUCAGUUAAUUUAAAAUAAAUUAGUUAUCUUUGAAAUGAUAGAAUAUGUGGUCCAAACUAAACAAAUAAUAUUUCAUAUAUUUCUUUGAUAGAAAUAUGAUAAUCACAGCUGUAUUAUUAUUAAUUAAAUGAUUGAUAAGACAUUUUAGCACAAAUCAUCCACUGCAGAUUGUCCUCAGUUUGAUUGAAAAGUGUAGUCAUUUGACCCGAAUAUUAAAUUAAUUUUCCAAAGAAAUAACUAUAACAGUCACAUCUUUGGUAAAUAUUUGUGUUUGAAAUGGGGAGCUCGGAGAAUACUGUCAUCUUAUGUUAUGACUAGUUUUAUAUUUUGGUUCAUUGUCAUAUUUAUUUGUGCAUUCAGGAAGAAAUUAAUUUAAAACAUUUGUCUAAAAAUAGAUUGAUGAGUUGGAGGGUCAAAAGAGACUUAGAACAGAGAUGAUACAAGUUGAAGAUAGUUUGGCUCAAACUAGAAAAGAAUAUGACAUGUUAAGGAUAGAGUUUGAGCAAGCCAUGGCUGCCAAUGAUCAGAACUGUAAGUAAUCAAUGCGUGGGCGAAACUGGAAGAUUUAAAUUUAAGGUCUGUAAAAUCAGUGCCUUAUGAUUUGUUUUUAAAAAUGUUAACUCUAUAUCUGUCUUUUAAAUAAUUUUAUUUUUAAAGACUUUGUAUGACAACUGAUGACUUUGGUGCCAUUUGAUGGAGGGGGGGGUGGUGUCACAGUUAAUUAAGAAUUAUAAUAAUGUCUCUCUCACUGAAAAGACUACUUAAUUUGUUUUGGAAAUAAAUUUUAUCAAGUAUUACCAUUAACUAACAUGAGAACCUGUAACAAAAAUAAAUUCAGGUUGAGAAAUUGCACAACUUAUGACCUUUUUUUUUUUUAAAUAGUAACUAUCAACAGAGAGAUGCGUAACCUUAUACAAAGCUUACAAAACCACAAUCAACAAUUAAAGAUGGAGUCAGCCAGAUAUAAAAGGAGACUUCGUGAGGCUCAAGCUGAAAUUCAUAAGGUAUUGCCAGUAAUACCCUUGUGGCCCUCUGCACAAAAAAUCUUGCCCACCUCUUGUUAAGAACAGCUCCAAAGUCAAUUUUUUUCAAAGCUUUCAUGCUUGUCUUUUGGGAAGCAGUGUUACAACAUUUUCACAGGGUCAGUUAAGCUCUACAAAAUGAGCACAUGAACUUGAAAAUGUGUGCUGAUUUGUAUUCUUCACUAGCAGAUCACUUGCAUGAAUCUAGGAAUGAAUUUAAAAAAGAUUUGAAGAAGCUGCAAAAGAAAUAACACCAGGUGUGGAUUAUAAGAUAACUUUGACCCAUAAUCGUAAACGAAAGACAGUGUCAAUGAUGGUGACGCCCCUGAGGUAUCUCAGAAUGCCAGAGACAAAUUUCGUAUAUCUGCUUUCUACACCAUUGUUGGCAAACUUGAGACAGAGAUGAGUAGACGAAGACAGGUAUAUAAUGAUCUAGCAGUUCGAUCUUCUUGUUUGGUCGAUGUACCACAAACAUCUCAGUGUUGUGAAGGACUAAUAAAUACUUAUCCUGAAGAUCUGAACAAUAAUUUAUAUACUGACCUACAACAAUUCCACUCAUAUAUUCGCCACAAGUUUCGUGCAUCAAAAUCUUAGAACAACACGUUCAGUCAUGCACAACUCUACAAAGUAAUAGUUUGAGACAACAUCCAGUGUGCUUUUCCAAAUGUAGAAAUCGCAUGCGCAUAUUUUAAACAAUAAUGGUUUUGAACUGUUCAACUGGGCGCUAUUUUUCUCAGUUGAAACGUACAAAAAAUCCAAGCAGAUCGACAUUGAAACAAGAAAGGCUUGAUUCCUUAUAUUUGCUGAUGAUUGAGGCAGACUUGUUGCGCAAAAUUAACUUUGAUGAUGUACUCAAAAACUUUGCUAGACGUAAAUCUAGAAAAAAGAACUUUAAAAUGUAAAUGUAUGCUCUCUCUGACUUUCUUAUCUAUCAAAAAGUUUCAGUAUUUUUGUCUACUAUUAUUACAAAAUUAAUUAACUAUUAAUUUUAAUACAGAAAUACGUUAUUGUAGGUUUAUGAGUGAUAGUAGUACAAACAUAUGUCUUUACAUUUCACAACUGUUUUUCUUUGUUAGUUUUUUUCAUAAUACUGAAAACAUACCAACAGUCAAUGGAGGAUCCGGGGCAGUAGGGGGCCCGCAUGUGGGUUUGUGCCUAGGGCACCAAGAUGGCUUAAUCCGGCCCUGCCAGUGGUCCUCGGAACCUGGUUUUUUAAUUUUAUAAUUUCAGCUGAAUGGGAAAAAAAAAUUCUUCUUGAUGGAAGCAGGGAUCAUGUUACAAAAUAUAAAUAAAAGACAAAAGUGAUACAUCCGAUGUUAAAUUGAUAUAAAAAUAUUGUAUUGUUCAUAAUCCGACACCAUAGACAAGAGCUUCCCAAACUUAGUUGCAACUACUCGCAGUUUCUUAACUAAUGCUGUGCCAACUUGCAUCAUAGGGCUUGUAGACCAAUGCUGGUCCACCUACCACUAUUUGGGGAACGCUGCUCUAGAGUCAACUUUCUGAGAGUUAAAUAUUAUUGAUGACCUCAUUUAGAGUCACGUUGUUAAUCCUUAAUUUCUUUCAUGUCAAUGCAUAGAUUAUCCAUUGUGAAAGUAACUCCAACCUCAAAUGAACAUUUUUCUCAAUUGUCAGUUAAAGCAAGAGCUAGUGAUAGUCAAUCCUCCCACCUCCUCUGCCCCACCUGCUGCUACCGCCGCUGCAGCCACCACCACAACACCAGCAUCAGCUGUUCCAUCUACAACAACAACACCAUCUUCGGCAACCUCACCGGCUGCAACAACGGCAGGCUCAACCCCUUCUGGUGACAACAAAGAUAGUAUUGCCCACAUCAAGGAGGAGACACAGCUGUCACCAGUUAAAACAGAAGCAGGUGGGUAGAAAUGGGGAUCUGUGAUGCAAAUUUGACUUGCUAUUGUUAUUUGUUUCAUUUAUAUGAGCAUUUGAAAAUGACAUAUUACAAGUUUUUAAAUAUAUUGGAUAAACAUAGGGGGUGGGGGGUAAAAGAUACAAAUUCCAAUUUAUUUCUGAAAGUGCACUAUGUGGUCAAAACAUUUUCAAGAUUGUUUUUGUUAUAUUGAAGAAGACACCAGUACUUAGAGAUAACUAAACAUGAUGGAGUUGAGAAAGUUUAUUUUUGUAGGAUAAUUGUGAAACCGUUGAAUCUGUUGUGUUGUAAUUAUCCACUCAUGGCGAUGAGUGUCUACUCGUCUGGCCAAGUCUCUCACUUGAUCCCACGAACAGUAUAGCUAACAUCAACAAUUAAUAAUACAAUCAACGUUAACAGGUUUGUAGCUAGAUAGGAGUUUAUUUAACACUACUCCAUUAACUAUGGUUGAUGUAAUAUUUCAGAAUUGAUAAUCAAAUCACUCCAACCAAACACUACUCAAUAUAGAAAUUCAAACAGUAUAUCCGCCAUCAAUCCUGCCAUAACAAUAACGAAAACUAACGCGUCAUUUCCCCUUACACAAUUACGUCACAACACUCUCACACAAAUGAUACAGCUACACAUGAAAUCUCUAACUAAAUUAUCUUUUCCCUAUCAAACAUGAAAACAAUGAUCUACACAUAACAGUGAUUCUCAUGCCCUUGACAAUAAUUAUUUAGAUAUGAGCAUGUGGAUUCAUGAGAACCAGACCACUUCAGCUUUAACACAGUUUCUAGAUACUAAGUAAACAAGGAAUGUAUGGUUUAAGUUCUAUAACCUUUUUUUCUUCUUUUUUUUUUUUACACCAUGGAUUUAGGUUUCCCAGUAGCCACAACAUUGCCUCUAGUCCAAGCCAUCAAGAAGGAAGAAGGUGAGAUCCCAACCACUCCUGUCAAGAAAGAAGAGGAUGAUGACCUUGACAGUAAAGAUAUUAAAAAUGGCAAGAAUGAUUCUGAACUGGUCAAAGAUUUGAGAAAUCAACUCAAGUAUGUAUAAUAUACUUUACGACAAUUUUUGUUUAGAACCUUUUUUUAGAAGUUGACAAAAAGGCAUAUACAAUUUUUGUUAUUGCAAAAUGAUUGUAAAAUUAGUUAAAUUUUUCUUUUCUUGAUAUUUUUUUUCACUGUCAUCAAUUGUUUAUUAUUGCCAAGUUUUUUAAAACAAAGUAUUUGGUUAAAAAAUGUUAAAUAACUUUUUUUUUUAUUCUAGAAAAUCUCAAGAUAAUGUAAGGGAGUUGAAACUUCUGUUAGACACCUACAAAGCUGCACCAAAAGAACAGCGAGACAAAAUUCAAGUAAGGACAUCAUUAUUAGUGUUUGAUUUAGAAUGGCUUUGCAGUAGAAUUACAUUUGCUAGCAUUUGAGGUUUCUAUGAAUUUAUUAAAGUCAUUUUAUAUUUAGAGCUUGAAACAUUAUUAGACAGAUUGUAUUAUUAUUUUUUUAUUUGGAACUUGGGGAAGGGGGGGGGGGGGGGGGGGGGGGGUUUCCUGGAUGGAUGAUGGCUGUCUGAUACACCAAUAGGGAUUAUAUCCGCUUUCAUUUUUAAAAUGCCUUGCACACAGGCCUAACUGGUUUGUGGCACAGAAUUUCCAUUAGCACAUUGCCAUACAGACAAUCAUAACACAUAAAUUCUGAAUUUUUUUGAAUGAAUGGAAUCCAAAAUGAAACUAGAACUUUUACAACAUUUCCAGUUAUGUCUACUGUCCAUGCUUUACAUAACCAAAAUAUAAAUGAACAAGAACUUAGUAAAAAGUUACUCUCCCCUCAAACUUGUUAAAAACGUUGUGUGUGUUCUUGAUCAGCUUAUGGCAGCAGAGAAAAAGGCAAGGCAGGAAAUAGAUGAGUUGAAGGCACACAUCAAACGCAUGCAAGAGAGUGAGAAAAGGGACAGGAGGAAGCUGGCGGAUGAAGAUGCCAUGAGGAAGAUUAAAAAAAUGGAAGAGACCAUAAUAGAGCUGCAAAAAAAUCUGGCCAAUCAAAAGCAGGUUGGACAUGCACAGAGAUUUUAUAAUUGCCCAGUUUUAUCCACCCAAAUUUCUUUGAUGCAAUUUUGUUACACAAGAUUAAUUUAAUUUUUUGUUCUUCCCCUUUUAACUCUAGAAACCAUUUAUAUAAGUUUUAUAGUUUGGAUUUCAAUACAACCACCUGCCUAAUUGCACAAUAAUAUUUCUUUAAUAGUUCUGAUAAAAAUAAAUGUAAAAAAAAACAACAAUUUUACUUAGCUAAUCAGUUUUCAUUGUAACUCUUUAAUUUAAAUGAUAAACAUGAAAGUCUCAAACAAGGAUUGUUGUGUCAAAGCAGAUGGGGAAAAGACAACUAAAAACCUACUUUUAUUUUUGAAUUGUUUUAGAGAGAAGAAGCAUUGUUAAAUGACCUUGAUGUCACUGGUCAAGCUUUUGAAGAUAUGCAGGAGCAAAACACGAGGCUACUGCAGCAACUUAGAGAGAAGGAUGAUGCAAAUUUUAAACUCAUGUCAGAGGUGAGAAGGCAGAUUUUUGGGGUGUAGCUUAGAUAUGAGUCUGACUGAUGAAAUAUGUAUAAGUUUAACACAGCUUCCUUAGCCAGGCAGGAAAGAGAUGGUACUUAAAAAUAAAGCUAAAAAUUUAAAUUUUGGAUAUCUUUGCUAUAAAAAGUGGUGGUGUUAACCUUGUCUUAAUAAGGAAGAACUUACCCUCUAUUUAUGAUAAUAAUAAAUGAGUGUUUGAAGAGUGUGGACCUUACAAUGAACACAAAAUGAUGCGUGUACCACAUCUCAUAAUAAUGAAAUACAACAAUAAAUUGAGUGUUAACAUCUAUAUGCUUCCAAUACAAACUGUUCAUUCCAGAGGAUUAAGUCUAAUCAGAUUCAGAAGCUGCUCAGAGAGGAGAAGGAUGUUCUUACUGAACAGGUGGCGAUACUCCAGAACCAGGUGGAGGCCCAGAAUUCGGUGGUCCGCAGUCUGGAAGAGAAAGAGAGACUCCUGCAGAACAAUUUGUCGACUGUGGAAAAAGAGCAGGCGUAAGGGGAAAGAAGUUGUCAAAUUAAUAAUCUAUAAAAUUUUCUUCAAGUUUAUAUUUCCACUAUGUAAAUUAAAUUAAGUUCGAGUUACAACUUGAUUAGGCUUAUGAUAAGAGCAUACUCAAAGGAACUUACUUGCAAAUAGCUCUUAUUGUAAGGAACUCAGUUAGCAAAUAUAUAGCUGGUUAUCCAUGGCUAAACAGUGAAUAUAAAGCUACUUUAAAUGAAAGAAAGUGACCUUACUAUAAUUGAUGAAAUUCAGAAAAAAAUAUCUCAGUUUAACCUAAAUAAUAAUUGAAUGUUAAAGUCAAACUCUUAUAACAGCUGACGUAUAAUAUGAAUAAGUGUAAAAAAAAAAAAAUGAUGCCUCUUUGACUUUUUCCAGAAUAACUCAACAAGCCAUGGAGAUGCACAAAAGAAAAGCAGUGGAGAGUUCCCAAACUGCGGCAGACCUCAAGCUUCAUCUGGACAAAUAUCAGGCCCAGCUGAAGGAAGCCCAGGUGGCUGUGGCAGAGAAAACGGCUUCUUUGGAGCAGGAAGUCUUCAAGUAUAAACGCAUGCAGGUAAAUGUCGGUUGUGGGAUGGGGGCUAUCUGGUAGUUGGGGGAUUCUCACAAAAAAAUCAGGGGCUCGGUAGGGGGAAAGAACUCUGCUAUCUGUUGAAAAUUGGGUUACACCUAAACCUAGGUAAAUAGAAACUCAUUUUUAUCAAUGACCCAUGGAAUGUGUGUGAAAACCAAAUAUAUUAGAAACUUAUUUUUAGUAAUGACCGAUGGGUUCUGUGUGAUAAUCAAAUAUAUUAGAAACUCAUUUUUAGCAAUGACCCAUUAGAUCUCUGUGAUAACCAAUUGCUUGAUGUCACUGUUGCUAAUCUCAUGAAGCUGACAUCUCAUGACCUGUUUUACAGGAGGAAGUGGCCAAACUGAAUCGCAAGCUGGAGAGAAGCAAGAAGAUUGAGAUGGCUGGAGCAGCUGAUGAAGUUUUGUUGGAAGAGAUUAAAGAAUAUAAGGUAUGUUGGCAAUGCACGUAUACCUAUCUCUUGUUUAAACUGUUCAAUCUACUUCCUCACUAUUAAACAGCGUAGUAUUUUAUGCUGAAUUUACAUUUUAAAAAUUAGAAAAAUGAUGGGUGGUUUGUGGGGUGUGUGGGAGGAAGCAAUAUAAAAAUAAGGGUAUCAGAAACCGCAUUUGGAAACCAUUACCAUCAAAUAUAACUUUAUACUUGUUUGUUAUUCAAUGCACAGGAACAACUGACGUGUCCAUCUUGUAAGGUCAACAAAAAGGAUGCGGUACUGACCAAAUGUUUUCAUGUGUUUUGCCUGGAAUGUCUGAGGACACGUUAUGAGACAAGACAGAGAAAGUGUCCCAAGUGCAAUGCAGGUUUUGGUGCCAAUGACUUCCACAGGCUGUACUUGUCCUAGUAUCACGGAUCAUAGACACCGUGCACGUGUUAGCCAGGCCAAUGACUUUCACAGGCUGUACUUGUCCUAGUAUCAGGGACCAUAGACGCCGUGCAUGUGUUAGCCGGAGCUGCUAAAUGAUAAAAGCAGACUGUCCCCUGAGUUUAACUGUUUGGCUACAACUGACGUGUUCAGAGAGCACUUGUAUCAAGUGUUUGUGAGAUUAUUUUUGCAGAAUUAUUUUGCAUUUAGAUAAUGGUUCAUUGACAAAAUAUGUCAAGAACAAGAUGAGAAACUUUCCAUGCUGCACAUUUUUGUAUGUUGUGUUGAAAGAAUUUCGUACGCAUGUAGGAGACUUCAAGCAUUAUUCCUGAGACCCCUUAAUGAAAAAAAAACAACUGCGUUUGGAAAAAAAAACGUAGCCCUCUUUUUUUACCAUUUGGUGAGCUUUGGGGUUUCAAGGAAAGUCUAGAGACCUAUAUAAUAAUUGUAUCAGAAUGUCAUAAUAUAUAUGUACAUGUAAUAUUAAAUAUGUAUGAUAUGCUAAAUCAUUUUUAAAAACCCAGCACUAGCUAAGCCAGUGGUCGGCAACCUGUGUUCCGGAGCAACGUGGCUACUGUUGAAGGAAGAGAUUUGGCUAUUAAAAAAAAUAUGUUAUAACAUGCCGCUUUCCAAAAAGAAAUGUUCUUAAGCUGAUGUAAUUUAUUAAAAUGGCUCCUUACUCCAAAACAGGGUGCCAACCACAGGGUUAAGCUAAUACAAAUCUGAGUUUAGAGGGAACAAUUUAAAGUACAUAAGUAUUAAAUGCAGUCAAUCUUCAUGUAGAGCAGAUGGUGUAAAUGAAGACCAAGAAGAGUGAAGUUCUUGUUAGUUUGAUUCAUGGAAUUUGAUGGGAUGGGACUGACACUGGCCUAUUUAACGGGCCUCAGAGGGUAAGCCAAGUUGUACUCUUGACCAAUGCUUAAAUAAAAAUCAUUAAAGUUGCCUAAAUGCCUGUCCACUUUGACCAAUUGGCCAGGCCUAAUUUUGGAGAGCAAACCCUGACAAAUAAUGCCCUGAAUUAAACUACUUUUUUUUGUGUUAAGCUGUGGUUUGGUGGCUAUCAAGACAGAGGUCAGUCGUACGAAGCUGUGGUUUGGUGGCUAUCAAGAUAGAGGUCCUACGCUAAAAAUUGGUGUUAAAACUGAAAUGUUUAAGUCAAUAAGCUCGUCGAUUUGAUCCCAUUUGCUAUGGUUUUGAAGGCUCGAGUUUUACUGGAGUUGGGG